ACACCAAUAAAACAGCAGGGCGGAACCGUAUUGCAUUAAAGUUAGUUUGUGCCGAGACGGCCGGUUGAGGCACAUGCACAUACUGUACGCUCGGUAGGGUAGGCGUAUGAAAGGCAGUUCUGUUUUCUGUUUUAAACACAUAUGACAUAAAAGGUAACGUGUAAACCAUUCGUGACGAGGACAUGGCCGACGAAAUCACUGAAAACGCUGAGGGACUUGCAAUCGGAGAACUGUAUGUCUCUGAAAAGGAGGGAAAUGAUUCUGACGCUGAUGGAACGCAAGAGAAGCCUUUUAAAACGGUGUUAAAGGCCUUAUUGUUUCUUGGGAAGGAACCUUUUCCAACCAUCUAUGUGGACUCUCAAAAGGAGGAUGAGCGCUGGGUUGUCAUUUCAAAGACGCAGAUGAAGAAUGUCCGCAAACUCUGGCAGAAGGAACAGAUGAAGAACACCGCUAAAGAUAAAAAAGAGGCAGAGGAUGCUCUCCGGCGUGAGAAGAACCUGGAGGAAGCCAAGAAAGUCGUAAUCCAGAACGAUCCCAGCCUUCCCGAGCCGAAAACAGUAAAGAUCCUUCAUUUAGAACAAUAUCGGGAUCAACGAGUCCGAGUCUUUGGAUGGACUCACAGGCUGCGACGCCAGGGGAAGAACUUGAUGUUCAUUGUAGUGAGGGAUGGCACGGGCUUUCUUCAGUGUGUGUUGACGGAUCAGCUGUGUCAAACCUACAAUGCAUUGGUCCUGUCCACUGAAAGCACUGUUGCACUCUACGGAACAUUGAAGGCUGUACCAGAAGGAAAGCAGGCUCCUGGAGGACACGAGCUGCAUUGUGAUUACUGGGAGCUGAUAGGAUUGGCCCCAGCAGGGGGCGCUGAUAACCUGCUGAACGAGGAGUCGGACGUAGACGUCCAGCUCAACAACCGCCAUAUGAUGAUCCGUGGAGAGAACAUGUCCAAGAUCCUGAAAGUGCGCUCCGUGGUCACGCAGUGUUUCCGAGACCAUUUCUUCAGCAGGGGAUACUACGAGAUCACCCCCCCCACCAUGGUGCAGACGCAGGUGGAGGGAGGCUCCACCUUGUUCAGUUUUAACUACUUUGGAGAGGAGGCCUAUCUGACCCAGUCGUCUCAGCUCUACCUGGAGACCUGCAUUCCAGCUCUGGGGGACACGUUCUGCAUCGCUCAGUCCUACCGCGCCGAGCAGUCCAGGACGCGCCGGCACCUCUCCGAGUACACUCAUAUCGAAGCGGAGUGCCCCUUUAUAUCUUAUGAGGACCUGCUGAACCGUCUGGAGGACCUGGUGUGCGAUGUGGUGGAUCGAGUCUUGAAGUCUCCCGCUGGCGCUCUCCUCUAUGACAUCAACCCUGACUUCAAGCCCCCUAAAAGACCUUUCAAGAGAAUGGACUACACUGAAGCCAUCACAUGGCUCAAAGAGCACGAUGUCAAGAAAGACGAUGGCACUUACUAUGAAUUUGGAGAGGAUAUCCCUGAAGCCCCAGAGAGGCUGAUGACUGAUACUAUUAAUGAGACCAUCCUGCUGUGCCGAUUCCCAGCUGAGAUCAAGGCCUUCUACAUGCAGCGCUGUCCCGAGGACCGCCGCCUCACUGAAUCGGUGGACGUACUGAUGCCCAAUGUUGGGGAGAUCGUUGGGGGAUCAAUGCGUAUCUGGGACACGGAAGAACUCCUUGAAGGAUACAAGAGAGAAGGCAUUGAUUCCACCCCUUACUACUGGUAUACGGAUCAGAGGAAGUAUGGGACUUGCCCUCAUGGGGGUUAUGGUCUGGGCCUGGAGAGGUUCCUGACCUGGCUACUGAACAGACACCACAUCCGAGACGUGUGUCUGUACCCUCGCUUCAUCCAGCGCUGUAGGCCCUGAGCGUUUUCCUUAUGCUGCCUCCUUGCCCAGAACAGCAUCUCCUACUUGAGCUACAUGAAAUUACAGUGGAUAAUGCACUAACAACGUAUGAAGCGAUAAUAGUUACCCAAAGACCAUGAUAAUGUACGCUUUCCAUUCUGAUUCCAAUCUUAGUUGUCCAGCACAGCAUCAUUGCCAAUAAAUGUCUUCUGUCUCA